GGCCCCCCACCACUAUCAGCGGCAGAAAUCAAAGAGCAAGAACGAGAAGCAAGAAGCGCCAUUCAAGGAGCUGUUAAGACUUGUAUCUUGCUCUACUUGUGUAUGUUUACCCUCGGUGAGACAGGUCGCUUCAGUGAUACUGAUUGUCGUUUAGCGCCCUUUGUUGUCGAUUAUGUUAAGAGCUUCCUU